UUACGUUUGAUCAUAUGGAGCACUCGGUUGCAAGUGAAACCUGUGAAGCUGCUGCUAAACCAUGUGCAGCAUUAAAGCCCACAAAUAAUACAGCAAUAAAAUGCUUAAAGUGUGACAAGGUUUAUAUAUUUCCCGCUGACAAAGAUGAUUGCCUGGCGCAUUUAUAUUUGGAGCAUCGCUUGGUCAUAGCCGAUGUGGAGGACAUAGCGUUGAUAGAGCCAUAUCUGCAGCAUUGGGAGAAGGAAUUCCAAACGCAUGAGUUUGAGCAAUAUUGCACUACUAUGUUCUUGGAUCAACUGCCCGAUGGUACCUACUCGAAGAAUGAAAAAUAUUUCCUGCUCUGUGAUAUAUUGCCGCAGGAUUAUGAGCUGCGCCAGCGACUGCAGCAGCAGCGCCUCUCUAAUGCACUGCUGCGUCAUCAAUUCGAGCUUACAGAUCGAGAUUUCAGCAAGGAAUGUUUGUUUUGCAGAACUGUUAUAAAAGGACUACGAGCGGACUACUUGGAUCAUUUAUUUGACAAACAUUUUCUGCUUGUGGGCAAGGCUGAAAAGUUGGUCUAUGUAGAUGAGCUACUGGAGGUGCUUGAGGAGAAUUUAAACAAAUUAAUGUGCUUGUAUUGCGAAAAGAUAUUCAAGGAUCGUCCAACGCUUAAGGAGCACAUGCGCAAAAAGGGCCAUAAACGCAUCAAUCCCAAUCGUCGUGAGUACGACAAAUUCUUUCUUAUCAACUACAAUCGCAACAAUGCAGCGCCCACACCUCGCAAGCAACAAAAGCAGCCGCGGCAGCAACGCAAUCCCUCCCACACGGAUACCAGCGUGGAUUUUGACAAACAUUUUGCACGGCAGGAUUCAGAUCAUGAUUCCGACUGGUCUGAUUGGGCAGGCGAAGGCGAACCGGUGGUUAUCAAGUGUCUAUUUUGCGCUGAGGAGCAAACGGAAUUUGUCAAAGUCAAGCAGCAUAUGCUGGAGUCACAUAUGCUGGACUUUGAUGAAGCGACAAGCGCUUUGAAUUUCUACCAGAAGAUAAAGGUGGUUAACUAUGCGCGACGACAGCUGUGUCUACUACGCUGCAUUUGCUGUGAUCUGCAAUUCGACGAGUUUGAAUUGCUGGCGGAGCACAUGGCACAGGAGGCGCAUUGUCGUUUGGGCGAACGAGCUAGCUGGGAUAAGCCAGAGUUCUUCUUUCCCUACAUGGAAAACGAUGGCAUGCUGUGUGUGCUGGAUGAUAGCGCAGGCGAUGAGCAGGAUCCAGAUGUGGUGCGCAUUAUAUCAGAGGAUAAUAUAGCACAGAUAAACAAAGAUGCAGAGCGGCUAUCGUUGGAGAAUUUUAAAUUGUAAAUAAAACAGAAUUUCAUA